AAGAAAGAAAGAAAGAAAGAAAGAAAGAAAAAAGGAAAUGGAAUCGGAAUUGAAGAUAAUUUUAAUUUGUGCCCUCCAUUUGAGCGAAUUUGUUUUGGCGAUGGUGCAGUAUUUUCAAAAUCCAUCCCGCUCUCUGCCCUUCACUUCAAUUCAAAUCGCCACGAACUUUCUUUUCCUCUUUUUUUAAUUUGUAAAUUUCAAAUUUUGUAGAUCUGCAGCUUAACACCAACAACAAAAAACCCUAACCCACAAACCAUUUCAAUCGGAUUCUCACCUCUAACCCCUCUUCCUUUUUCAGAUAAACUUGCAGAUUUCGCGCCAAUCCUUUCAAGUUCGCUCCUUUUUCUCCGAUUCUUUCAAUAAACCCAUGUCUUUCUUUUGAUUUUUCAACACCAUUGUCUUGGAUUUCUACUGCCUUUUUUACCUUAUGGAUGAUCGGCGCGAUUCCACAAUCGUUUCAGACUUGUUUUUCUCCACACCCAGAUCGAAAACCAAGACUUUAGGUGAGAAGAGGAGUAGUAGUAGUAAUUUUGAAGAACAGUGUGGGUCUGAUCUUAAGAGGAUAAAGUUGCCAGAUUCUGGAUCCAUGUGUGGUUCUCAAGCAAUAAAUAUCUGUCAGGAGAGUUGUUUGAAAACUGUUGAAGUUAGUGAGGAAUGUCAGACGGUUGAAGAAGAGAGGUUACAAGCAAUUGAAUUGUCUAAGAAAUUGGAUGUUUUUGCCACUCUAGCUGAAAAGGCUGGGGACACUAAUGCGUCAUCGGGGGUGCUGGAUCUUAAUACUGAAAUUUGUGUUGCUAGAAGUUCAGGUUCUGAUAACAUGGAUUUGGUUAACAUUUCUAAAAAACAACACAGGCUCAGGAAUGAUAAUGGCAGUCAUGUAGCUGCAAGAGGCAUUGAUUUAGAUCUCAACAUUGAAGAUGUUUCUACUUCUGUAAACUUGGAAACUGCUCACCCUCCCAAGAACUACAAUGAGUUGAAGUCACAGAAAUCCUCUGAAUGUGCUAGCUCUACAGGUCCAUUGGGAGAGAAAGAUCCACUGAGUAUAUGGAAGGAGAUGAAGCAAAAUGGAUUUCUCUCGGCUUCUCACGGAUUUAUCUCGGCUUCCCAUGGAGGCAUACCGGCACCAAAGCAACGUGGGAGGAAAAGUAAAAACGACGCCUUUAAGAAAAAAAUGGAGAUUGCAAAAAGAGAGAAGAAGUUGGAGCUUGCAAAGAAAGAGCAGAUUGAUCGGUUCACAAAGAUUGCUGCUCCAAGUGGUUUGCUUACUGAACUCAAUCCUGGGAUCAUAAACCAUGUAAGAAAUCGGAAACAGGUUCAUUCGAUUAUAGAGGCCAUUGUAAGGUCUGAAAAGCAGGAAAACGAGCGCAUAGCUAAUAAGCUAGAAAAAAGACAUGCUGCUAAAGCAGGAGCCAAAAGGGAUCUUGAGAACACUCACGAUCCAGACAUAAAUGUAUAUGGCUCUUCUCAAGGAUAUGGCUCUUCAAAUAACAUUUCUGCUGUCAGGCAAAAAAGAGGAUGCUCCUUGACAAGAUCAUUGAUAACGGAGGCUGAAGUUGUGGAUCGUGGGCAAAUCAUGUUAGAUCGAGCCACUGGUAAGAAUUAUGCUUCACAAUUGAAUACUACAAACGACAAAGAGACUCUUGCACUUGAGCUGUCAUCAUCACAUGCUGUAUCUGAGAAUGCUUGUCCAGUGUCUAACGAUGAAGAAGAAAAUUUGACUUGUAUUUCAUCUCUUUCUCUUAAAGCGGCUACUGUUGCAUCUCAGUGGUUGGAUUUAAUACAUCAGGACAUCAAAGGGCGUCUUUCAGCUCUGCGACGGAGUAAAAAAAGAGUUCGAGCAGUUAUUUCAACAGAGUUGCCAUUUCUAAUAUCUAAAGAAUUUCCAUCUAAUGAAGAAAACGAUCCAUUUGUUUCGAAGAGUUCUCAGGAAGAAAGUUCGGUUGUUUCCUUGGCUGAUAUCCAUCAAGCAAGAUGGACAAAGCUGUUUGAUCAGAUGGAUAAAGCUCUUGCUGAAGAAGAGAAACAAUUAGAAAGUUGGUUGAACCAAGUAAAAGAAAUGCAGAUCCACUGUGAUCAAGGGCUGUCUCAUGCUCAGUCAAAUGCAGCUUUCGGCUCACAGCAACUGGGAGAAAAUGACUUGAGGAGUUUGUAAAUCCUUGUAGUGGUAUUUAAGUUGUUCGAAAAUCUGGGGUGGUGGAGCAAGAUGAUAUAAAAACAAUUUGAAGAAAGACGGAAUGCGACUAAGACUAAUACAGAAGAUACCCAUUUUGGAGAAGAUCGUGGAGCAAAUGCAUGUGAUACUAGUUGAGAUGUAUGAAGAUUAGAGAUAGCAAGGAUUGUCAAAAGUCACAGAAACGAGCAUCAAGAUGAGGAAAAUGAAAACAGAUAAGGAAUCAAAGAUGAGGUAAGGAACUAAGAAGGAGGGUUCCUCCCAACUUAGAGAGACAAGGGUAGAACAAGAUCGAAUCAAGUUUAAGAAGCUAAAAGUGGUUGUGUCUAACGGAGAAGACUCAGAUGGUUGGUUCUAAAGCGCAUAACAUUAUUUCCAAUUGCAACUGUUGAACGAGCAAGAAAAGCUGAAGAUUGCCAUUGUGAGCUUGGAGGGAAGGGGAUUGAGUUGGUUUCGUUGGACUGAGACUCGACGAAAGUUUAAGUCAUGGACCCAGUGUGCUUAAUGUUUACCUGUAAAAUAAGAAGAGAACGUAUCAGAAUAUUUGUAGCAUUUUAAGAAGUUGUCGGCACCACUGUCAGACAUGGCAAAAGACGUGUUGCUAAACACCUUCACCAAUGGGCUUGAACCAAUAAUACAAACGUAAAUCUUUUUUAUGUA